AUGAGAAUAGGAGGCAACAAUGUGUUCGACAAUGGUAACGCAGGACAGCUGGUUUUUGGUGUUGGUCAGAGAAGUAAUCAAACUGAACAACCUGCUCAAGCUCCUCAAGCUCCUCAAGCUUUUCCUAGCUCAGAUUUGCUUGCAACUUUUUUAUUGGCUUCAUUACUGGAGUCAGCUUAUGGUAGAGGCUCCCCAUAUUCUUCUCCAUAUGGUUAUUAUUAUCCAUACUUCG